GAGGAGAACAAGCCGAUUAAAGUGUCGAGAUAGUAGCCUUUUAUCCAAGCGGGGUGUGACCUACCUGAUAAGUUUCUGGAUUUAUAAUGAUAACAGCUGGAAGCCUACAACCACUAUUUCACAGCUGUCCUCGGCGGAAUUUGUCAUCUUUACUCUUUCCACUCCUCAACCGUCAAGCUCGCAGCCAACCAAGCUUUAAGUCGUCGAAUCCUCGCUUCUUGGUUACCUUUCCUCACUACUACCAUUCAACAACGACAACAACAACAAGAUCAGGGAUAGUAACAACAACAACAACCACAGCCAAAAUGGGUCUCACAGUCAAAGCAACCAUCGCCUCCUUCGGCGGCAAGCUCUUCAAGCUCUCCCACCCCUCCACCUCCACCGGCACCGACAUGGCCGUGAACCUGUACCUUCCUCCCCAGGCCCUCAAGUCGCAAACCAAGGUCCCGGUCCUGUUCUACCUUUCCGGCCUAACCUGCACCCCCGACAACUGUUCCGAAAAGGGUUUCUUCCAGCACGGCGCCUCCCAGCGCGGUCUCGCCAUCGUCUACCCCGACACUUCUCCGCGCGGUCUCAACCUCCCCGGCGAAAAGGACGCUUGGGACUUUGGCGAGGGCGCCGGCUUUUACGUCGACGCUACGCAAGAGCCGUGGGCCAAGGGGUACAAGAUGGACACGUACAUCACGCGCGAGCUUCCGUCGGUCUUGUUUGGGGCCGACUCGGAGUUUGGCAAGUACCUGGAUGCCGACAAGGUCAGCAUCACGGGCCACAGCAUGGGCGGACACGGCGCCUUGACUUUGUACCUCAAGAACCCGGGCAUGUACAAGAGCGUCAGCGCUUUUGCGCCGAUUGCGAACCCGUGUGAGUGCGCGUGGGGCAAGAAGGCGUUUGCGGGUUAUCUGGGCGAGGAGAACAAGGAGGAGUGGAAGAAGCAUGAUGCGACCGAGUUGAUCAAGAGUGAGAAGUGGAGGGGACACAAGGAUGCGAGGGUGUUGGUUGAUGUCGGUACGGGCGAUAAUUUCUAUAAGCAGGGGCAAUUGUUGCCCGAGAACUUUGAAAAGGCCGUUAAGGAGGCGGGCGUCGAGGGAGUGACGGUUAGAUACCAGGAGGAUUACGACCAUUCGUACUACUUCAUGGCAUCUUUCAGCGAUGAACAUGUUGACCAUGCCGCCAAGUACCUGGGACUUCUCUAAACCAAGAAAAAAAAAUAUAACAAUAUAAAUUGCUUGAACGGGGCUCUACUAUAAAACCGCCUCGUUCAGGAAUUGAGAUGCCUGCUAUAUAUGCCAUGGGAAUGCCAGCAAACAUCAAAGUGAUGGUCAAAGAGAAACUCUCCGGCAGCACGAAUUGCUCCUGCUCGCCGACCAUGUACAAUUAACUCGUCCUCCUUCCCCGAAUGAACAUCAAAUAGGUAUCGCAUACACAUAAGGCUCUUUAUCCCUCUCGG